CUUGACAAUGAUCCAAAUGGCGGCAAUAUGAGACCCUUACCGCCGGGUCACGAUGGAACCGAUUACUGUAAAAUUCGCAGAGACUAUCGGAACCAAAACGGUGGCGGAGGAACGUUGUACCGUUCGACGGCAGCAUUGCUGGAACCGCCACCGCAGUCAGAACGGUACCAUGGCACCAUCGAGGGCCACUACCGUGUUCACGACCUGGCGCUGGACCGAUACGUGCCACCCCCGUCCCCCGAAAGGUAUUCGGGCAGUAGUAACAGCAACCACACCUCAGCGGGUAGGUCGUAUGGGCCAUCCGACGACAGGUACACGUGUCACGGUCCGCCCAAUCGCAGCAAUUACUUACCAGUGUCGCAAAGCACGUCUGAAAGUUUCAUGUCACCGCCGUCGCCGGUGGUCGAACGGUUCGACUACGCCGGACGUCACCACGAUAGCUACGCCAAACGUAACGAAUCCAUUUAUGCGAGAUACCAACCGACUGAACGUUUUGUUCCAAUUGUUUCUCCUGACGAUGGUUACGACGGCCACUACGACCGUUGUGACGACGUGUACGGGACUAGAAAAGACACGUCGGCGUAUACGAGGGCGUCGUCCAUCGUGGAUGCGUUGCAGCCGUCUUCGGCCGCGUUGUCUAGGGCGUAUGCGACAGCCACCAUGAGGUCGUCUAACCGCUGCUGUACGGGUUCGGUGUACAGCAGCGGCAUCGCGAGUGUCGGCUGUGGCUACCAAUAUGCCAACAGCCGGGCUCGAUCGCCAAGAGACCUAUCGCCGACCGGUCUGGUACAGCACCAGACCGGUCACAUGUCUUCCUCCACAGGGUCCUCGCCGCCCAAGGGUCCGAACAGCAACAAUUUGUGUCUACUCCAAUACGAUUC